AUGGAAAAUUUCGCUGAAAAGAAGAUUUCAAAGCCAUUGACCUUUGGAGAGGGGAUACAAUAUGUGCUCGAUCGGAUUUCCAUUAAACCCGAGGAUCGCCAAACCUUCAAGGAAGAUGCACAGCAAAUACAAAAUGAGUUUGUCCGGGCGAUUUCCAAACAAGAUCCCUAUUUUGCCUCUGCUUUUCGUGGUCUUGCCUUGACCGGUAGCAGCUUGGAUAAUGUGAGAAUAAAUUUGCCAGAUGAGUUCGAUAUGCUGACUAAGAUCAAGAUGCCAUGUAAGCUGGAACCAGUGCCGAUUAGAAGUCAUCCAGGCUAUGUUUUCCUGCGUGCCAGUGGGGAUAAUAUUCCCAUUCACCUAGUGGAUCGCUGGGAGGAUGAGUACUGUAUUGAUCGACUGAAGGUUCAGGCAUGGUUCCGAGAUAACAUUACUGCAGUUAUACCGGAGCUUAGCAAUAUCCGCUGUAACGACGGACGAUCUUACGAACUAGUUAACAAGACAAUUGGAGAUGUAGCCCACACCAUUCAGGCCAAGUGCUUAUCUGACCCAGAUCGCUCUAUAUCCUUUGAUUUUGUGCCCGCUUUUGAGUUCUCGGCCUCGGAGUGGCCAAGAAUAUUUCCCCAACACCGGAACGAGGAUCGCAGCUGGUAUGCCGUGCCUUCUGAAUUCAAGUAUCCCAAUGUCGGAGAUGAUCCUUUGUCAUUUCUUGUUUGUGCGCCUUAUUGGGAACGAAUGGUGCUGACCAAGAAACAGCACCUCAAGGACGGAUACCGACUGAUGAAGGCCAUGCGAGAUGCCAAUGAUAUGCCCAAGAUCUAUAGCUAUACAAUCAAAAGUGUAUUCCUGAACGCCUCUAAUGUAAACAAGCUGAUUAACUGGAAUCAAUCGCCGGGACGCAUUCUCAUCCGGGCAAUCGAUCUUUUGGCAAUGUUCCUUCGAAAGGGAAAGUUGCCAUCCUACUUGGUGCCAGAUCGAAAUAUGUUGGAUAGGCUCUCCGUCGAUAUGCGGCAGGAUUACAGGAGAAAAUUAUGCCACAUCUUCCGUCGUCUAAUAAGGUGCCGAGAUCGCGAUUGUAUGACUUCAGAGGAUCUGCAGUUUAUCUUCGGCAUGCGAUACUAG